AUCCUCGAGGUUUCCCAGUUCACUGCGUCUGAUGCGCUCACUCCCUCGAUUGCUCUUCCUAUUCUCCGCUCUAUCGCACUCAACUGGUCUCGCUGCCUCUCGUCGGCUCCGAUCGAAAAGCAUCCUCUCUUUCCUUUUCCCAGUAUUCUCCUAGUAUGGCAAAUUUAAGCCAUUGCUCGACAUGCUGGAUGCGCCUCCGUCAGAGAGCGUGCAGCUGGCGAGUGAAGCGCAAUCGUGGGUUGCGUCCACCAAAUAGUAUUCAUUCUGAGCUGUCCUCCAUUGCAUAUCACUCGCUCUUACUUAGGUCAGUAGAGAGUUAUUCGCAGGCAUUCGGCUCCAUCCAACCCCAUUCAACUCCGUUCGAUUCUCUUCGACUCCAUUCGUCACGACCGCUCGACGCCGGCCAUUCCACUCCAGCCGUUCGGCACCAGCCUCUCAGCGACACACGCUCUUCGCCUGGACUUCCCUGACCCCCGCCUGUUCCUACCCUGCGAGGGACGUUCGCCGCUGCUCGAGUCCGUUCCUCGGGCUCGAGAGGCCCACCUGCUGCUGCGAUUGCUGCGAUGGCUGCGACUGCUGCGGCCGUGGGGCCGUCGCUUCGCUCCGCUGCAGGUCGCAGCAGCGUGCGCGCAGCAGGCUCGCGUGCAGCAUGCUGCUCGGAGAGCGACAGUGAGACCGGAGUCCAUGGCGGCUCUUGUGGCUCAGGAUCCGCGCGUCUGGUACCGCGUGACCUUCCGAUAGCUGUCUGUCAAUCCUCGUCGCUGGGCCUCGCCAGCCCUUCUGGCGAGAAUCGCGGCGGGAUGAGUCGCUCUGAGGGUAGGAGUGCAGCACCCGCGUUCGUAGAAUACUCGUCAUUGGCUCCUGAGCUACAGGCGUCACCUGCUGCUCCUCAACCACCGCGCCCACCCGCACGCGCCCAUCGCCCCUCCGCCGCCUCUCCCCCCGCAUCCGCUCUCCUGCCGCUCGUCCUCCUCUGCCUGCUCCCCGCGCUCUGCUUCUUCCCGCGCAAGUCCUCAGCCUUCCGCCUCAUCUUCCCCCCCGCGAGGGACCUCAACGAUGACGUGGACUCGCGCCUCUACCAGCCGCCUUGUGGCGUGCAGCGCGGGGCCCGCAGCCCGCUGACGCCGCUGACAGCUGGCGCGGGCCUGAACGUGACGUGGAGCCUGGCACUGGCCACGGCAGGGGGUUUCAAAGUGGAGCUGCUGCGACCUCUGGGCGCUCGCUCCCAGCUGUUCCCGUGGGAGCAGCGGAUUCUGCUGGUGGAAGGGGUGGACAACAGGGUGCGGCAGCGCUACGCAGUCACGGCUCUCACCAAUGAGACGGUGGCAUCAUGGGGCAUCAUGGCCAAUCCCACGGCUCAGUGGGCGCUCGUCACGCUCCCUGCUGCUCCCUGCUUCGGCUGCACUCUCCGCCUCUCGCACCAGGCUUUAGCAGCGGCAGCGGAGCCCUAUGUGCGGUGGAGCUGUGCGGACGUCACCAUCGCCACAGCAGGCUCCAACGCGUGCCAUGGCUGCAGCGGGGGCAUUGCCCCCUGUGCGCUCUCGCCCCUCGCUGACGCCUGGCAGUGCGCCUGCCCUGCCCAGCUCCCCCUGUCGGGAACGUACUGUGAGCGCAAGGACGAGUGUGUGGUGGACAGCGACUGUGGCGUCAACGCCAAGUGCAUUGAUAUCCUCUCCUCCAACUCCCCCACAAGGCAGUGCUUCUGUGCGGAGGGGUGGAUGGGCGCGCAGUGCUCGCAGCGCUCGCCCUUGUCUCUAGACGCAACAGUGGACACGAGCACGUGGUGGAAGGAGUACCCCUUCAACCUCACCAUCCCCAUCACCACCAACACAAACUCAAACACCACCGGUGGCCUCAUGCCGUCUACCAUCUCUGCCGCUUCUGCUGCUUCUGCCGCUUCUGGUGCUGGUGGUGCUGGUGGUGCUGGUGGUGCUGCUGGUGCUGCUGCGUGUGGUGGUGCGGGUGCAUGCAACGGUGGUGUGCGCUAUAUGACCAUAUGGUGGAAGAUACUCAAGAAUGAUUCGUCUGAUGCGUCCCUGCCGGCUGCCUCCACAUUGGCCUCCUUUGGACCACAGAUCGAAGUGGCCAUUGCAGCCCCCACCACCAGCUACGUUGCUAUCGGCUGGCGCCCAGCCAACCUCCCCUGGGUCCCACCUCCCAACAUCAACCCCUCCCGCGCCACACCUUUCCCCCCGUCCCCCCCUUCCCCUCCUCCGCCCUCCCCUUCCCCCCCCCCGCCUGUUCCCCGCCCCCCUCCUCCUCGUCCUCCGGCUCUCCCUCCUCCCGCUCCUCCCCGCACUCCGGUUACCCGUCGAAACCGCCGCUCCCCUCCCCGUGAGGGGAGGCGGGGUGUGGGGGUUGCGGGAGACGAGAGGAGAGGUAGGGGGGAAGAGAGGAGGGGUGGGGGAGCUGCUGGGGACGAGAGGAGAGGGGGUGGUGGUGGUGUGGGAGAAGAGAGGAGGGGUGGGGAAGGCAGGCGACAGAGUGAGAGAGGGGCAGAAAGGAGGGGGGGACGUGGGUCAGGGGAGGGGUUAGAUUCACAGUCGGGGUCAAGAUCGGAAGCACCAUCAGGAUCACGAUCGGAUUUUCAAGAUUCUAGUGAAAGUGAGAGCAGCCGCAGCAGCAGCAGCAACAGGCGCAGGAGGGGUGGCAGCAAUGGUGCAGAUGCAAAUGCAGCAGAGACUGAUUCAACAGCCAACAAUGCAGCAGACAGCAAUGUAGCGGCUGACGGCAGUGGCUCGGAGACCCGCCGGGGGAGGGGGCGGGAGACAAGGGAAACUGAGCAGGUUCCGGCUGCGGUGUCAAGUGCCGCUACAACUGCACCCCCCAGGCCUACUGCUGCAGGUCGGCAGGGGCCAGCAGGUGAACCAGCACCAGCAGGAGCCACCACCCCUCUCAGCUCCACUCCUCUCCGCUCCCCUGCUUCCUCCUCCUCCUCUCCUUCCGCGCCCUCUCGCUCUCGCGCCACUGCUGCUGCCACGCCCCCGCCCGCUGCGCCGUCGCCCCCAUCGAUUGUGGUGGAGCGGCAGCACAGAGUGCCGGUGCGGGAGGCGUCAGCGGGCGCAAUGCCAGCCAUGUUCCAGCAGGAUAUGACCAUCGUCACUGCCAGAGGGGGCUACUACCGCAUCCAGGAUGCGUGGACGUUCUCCACCCACGGCAUGCCAGUGGCGGACACAGCGCUGGGGGGCACAGAUGACAUCACUGCUGCUACGGCCCAUGAGGACACCGCCUCUGGCACCACCUACGCAAAAUUCAGACGCCCGCUGCUGCCCUCUGAUGACUCAUUCGACCAUGCCAUCACAGACAGUGACUUCACGGUCGUCUGGGCUCUCGGACAGCCCUCGCCCGCCCUCCCUUCCGUGGGCCCGCUCCUCUCAUCCUCAUCCACUCCCGCCACCCAGACCCUCUCCACCCUCUCCACCUCCUCCUCGUCCGCUCCCUCGCUGCCUCCUCUCGUGCAGCAGCAGAUGGGUUCCUUCUACAGACCGGACGAGCUGAAGUAUCAUGGCAGCAGCAGCAGCAGCCGGGGUUCGUUCCCGCGCAUCAACCUCUUCCUCGGAUCCGACCCCCUCAACUCCGGCCUCUGCCACCCCUCCUCACUGCCUGGCUUCUCCUGCUCCAUCGCCCUGCAAGGCAACCGAGUGACCCUCCACUGGGCGCUCUUCCCCUCCUCCCUCACCCUCGCCCUGCAAGUCACGGACUGCAGCGGGUGGCUCUCUCUCGGCUUCACUCCCCCCUCCUCCCGCUCAGCCCUUGGGAGCUACGUCGUGCUUGCUGAUGUCACCCAAGCAACUGCCGGCGUCAGCCGGGUGACUCCCAGUUCCAGUUCAGCAGGAGCAGGAGCAGGAGCAGGAGCAGGAGCAGCAGGAGGGGGAGUGAGCGCAGAAGCGGGACGGGGAAAGGCCAGUGGAGCCCCCGUGGUGCGGUCGUUUGUGCUGGUCAACCACACGGCGCAGGGCCUGCAGAGCAGUAAUGGGCUGGAGAUCACCAAUGCCACAGUCACUCGCACCAACGGGUCCACGCUGCUCACCUUCUCGCGGCCCUACACCCAGCGCAACGGCGCACCCAAUAUUUCCCUAGGGGCGGAUGAGCUCUCACACAUCGUGUGGGCGUUUGCCCCCGGUGUGUACUCGCCCGCUGCUGGUGGCUCCCUGCCCAACCACUAUCUCCAACACAGGGGUUCCCUGUCACUUAACUGGGCGUCAGGGGAGGCCCAAGUGAAGGCGUCGCCCUUCCCCUGGCUGCUGGCGCAUGCUGCCAUCAUGGGUUUCGUCUUCUCCUUCCUCCUCCCACUCUCCGCCGUCGCUGCACGACUCCUCGCAGUUCGCCCCGACUCCAAUCGCCCUGUCUUCCACCCUCUGCACGUGCUCUCCGCUCUCCUCGCCCCCCUUCUCCUUGUACCAGCCCUCGCCUUUGCCAUCCAUGCAGCCUCCCUCUUCCCCACCAACGCCGCCCUCCUCCUCUCAACAGCCCCUGCUGCCCCUCACCGGCUCGCUGCCCUUCUCACCCCGCACGGGAUCCUGGGCGGUGCGCUUGUCCUUUUCCUCGUGAUUGAAGUGCUCUGCGCGCUGCUGUGCCGGCCGGGGCCCUCGUCCCCCCGCCAUGCAUGGUGGCUGCUGCUUCAUCGAGUGCUGGGUGUGGGGUUGCUGCUGGGAGGAGCAGCUAACGUGGCGCUCGGUGCUCUGCAGUUGGCUAUGCUGCUAGGCCAGCCGCUAUGGUUGUGUGUGGGAAUUCCCCUGCUCCCCUGGGCGCUCCUCUCGCUGCUCUACCUGCUGCUGCAGCUCGCCCGGCCCACUCCCACGGCCCCGCCCAAGCUGCAGGCACAAGACUUUGACGUGCUCGCCGCUGCCAUGCGCACCAAAGUCACAGGGGACAAGGUGGCCGGGGUGGCAGGGGAGAGAGGCGGGGCGGUGGGGGGAGGGCAGGGAGAGGGGUUGAGAGGCAGGGUUGUGGGGGGCCUGGAGGAGUGGCCGCCUGCAGGAGUGAAGUGGCCCACGGCUCGCAGAUCAGCUCCUGGAACCCCCUCUCGGCCACAGCGUCAGCAGCAGAGCCCCACGCGCAGCUUUGGCAGUGUGAGCGAGCUUGGCAGCACCACAGACUCCUCCCCUCCUCCCAAGGAGCCCCUGUAUGGCCGCCCCUUCCUCUCGCACAGCAGUGAAGGGAGCAGCAGCAGUGGGGGGGAGCAGCGCAGGUGGCAAGGCGUGCGGCGCGGGGGGAGGCGGGUGUGGCAGAGAGGGCAGGAGGCAGUAGAGACGUCGCCUUGGGAAGUGCAUGAAGAAGCGCGGAAGUAUCGCGCUGAUCAAGUGAAUGUGUAGGGUGUAGUGAUUGGUGUGUUUGUGCUUGUAGGUUUGUAUAAUUGUAUUGUAGUGUGAAUUUUGCAAAAUCAUCCGAAAAAUAGGAGUUAAUAAUGCUACAGAAACGAU